ACAGAUACCGAAGAAAUUACCAUGCCCCACGGUACUCGGAAUCGCAGAAAUCGCAGAGGUCGCAACAGGAGACACAUUCAGCGUCAUACGAGUCCUGAAAAAAUAUCCAAAGACGACAUAGAGAGCCCAGAGGGCGCCACAACUCUCGCUGAUCCCGCGAGCACAAACACGAACGACUCCUGCAGGGAGAAUAUAGUACGCCAUAACGAACUGCAACAAGAGGAUACUAAACACGAAUCAGCAACAAAAAGCACCGAAAGCAUUUUCCAGAAAGAAAUCUCCAAGACGAGUAGAUACACGAGGGAAGAGAGGUACAAGAUCGAGAAGGGCACCGUUAAACCAGGCAUCAAGGUGGUCGAGAUAACAACGAUCAGUAGUUUGCCCCUGGAGGCUAAAAUCGACCACAUUCCCGGCGUUGGCAUCCUAGAAACCGGCCGUAGGGACAAUGUGCCAGAAGACCAGGCGAAUGUCACGGUAUCCGAGCCGGUGGAAUCGUUCCCUUGCUCUUCGAAGGGAAUGAGUCAAAAGCUUCAAGGAGAGUCGAGUAACGAACGAUUGCAGAUCCACGAUGUCAGCGACUGCGACGUGGAGACUGAUUAUGCCAAGCCGUUUAUUGUUGAGAUGGAGUCAGAUUCGGAUAAGGAAAACGUGGAAAGCACGCAUGCGUGGGACACGGUGAUGCCACGAGAUGUGGAGAAAAAAUUAAGGACCUUUAUCGAAGGACUGAAGCUGCCGACUUAUCCCGAAGACUUCGAGGAGACGCGGAAACUCUUGGAAAAAGUUAGCAAUAAGAAGUAUAGGAAAAGAAAUAAUACUUCGGAAGUUCAUGCACACUAUCAGGCUGCUAGUAGAUUUUUGGAUAUCAUUCAGGAGGAAGGAGAGAAGUUGUCGGAGGACGAAGAGCAGCACAUCAGGGACUUCAUUAAUGAGGAGAUUGGAAAGUAUAGGAGGGACGAGCGGGGUUCUGAUAGAAGAAAACGAGAGGUGAAGUUUGAAGAAAUGGAGGAGAAAGAACACGACGUGAGAAUACACGUGAUUAAUGUGGAUUUGGACGGGGAAGAAUCUGUGAACAGUGUGAAACCUGGAAAUGUAGAAACUAAAGAAAGUUUGGACGAAGAAAAAUUGACGUCAAACGAUACUUCAACGGAUCAAUUGGAACAGAAAAAUGUAGAAGUUAAUGUAACAGUCUCUGCAGAAAAUGUACCGAAUCAGAACUUAGAGAAAGAACACGAAAUGAAAAUCGUGGAAGAAAAUCUUGGUAAUGAAGAUCGAACUGAAGAAAAUGAACCAUCGAAAUUGCACAAUGAUGUUGAAAAUGAAAUGCGUGGUAGUAAACAAGAGUUUAACGAUGUUCACGAACAGUUGGAUGUUAAUUUAGCAUCGAGGGAAGAAUUAGAUGAUACAGAUUCAAUUAAACGCUCCGAAGAGGAUCAGUAUUCUAGCGACAGCUUAGACGAUGCCUCGAAUGAUGUCAAAGCUGCAGCUGAGUCCUCAGAAUUUACUGUUUCAAACGAGAACGUAGAGAAGGAAACAUUGACGAAUGUGGAAACAUCUACAAAACAGUUGGAAGAUGAUUCAAUACGACAGUCAGAACCUGAGUUAUCUAAAGAUAAUUUAGAUACAACUAAUGGUGCAAAAUCUGCAACAGAGAGUGUAGAAUCUACUUCUGAGCAACAGGGUGAUAAUGAUGAAAACUUAAUCAAGAAUGAAGAUCCAUCGAACAGGGAUUCAGAUGUUGAUUCUAUUAAACCUACAGAUUCUCACACUUUUGAAAAUAGUUUAAAGAACACAAGUGUUAGUGAAUCUGAAACUGUUGAAGGUUUAGAAUCUGCUUCUCCAGAGCAACUAAAUGAUAAUAAUGAAAUCAAGAAUGAUGAAAAUUUGAACACUGAUUCAAAUGUAGGUUCAUCCAAACAUCCAGAUUCUGAUAUUACUGAGAAUAAUUUGAAAAACACUUCAAACGUUGCUGAAUUUGAAAUGAUAGAGGGUUCAGAAUCUACUACCGAGCAAGUAGAUGAUAAUGAUGAACCCUUAAUAAAAAAUGGAGGAAAUUUGAAUGAGGAUUCAGAUGUAGCCAAACAUCCAGAUUUCGACAUUACUGAGAAUAAUUUGAAAAACACUUCAAACGUUGCUGAAUCUGAAACGAUAGAGGGUUCAGAAACUACUACCGAGCAAGUAGAUGAUAAUGAUGAACCCUUAAUCAAAAAUGGAGGAAAUUUGAACGAGGAUUCAGAUGUAGCCAAACAUCCAGAUUCUAACAUUUCUGAGAAUAACAUGAAAAAUACCUCAAACAUUACAGAAUCUGCAACUGUUGAAACUUCAGAAUCCAUUUCUAACGAGCAAUUAAAUGCUAAUGAGGUCUUAAUCAAGAACGAAGAAGUCUCGAAAAAUGAAUCAGACGUAAAUUCAACUAAGCACGUAAAAUUGCAGUUAGUUAACGAGAGUUCAGACUUAUCUGUAAAGUGUUCGCAAAACGAGAAAGAAGAAUCGCAGGCGAACAAAAGUGAAGAAACUCUUGAAACUAGUUCGAAAGAUGAGACCUUGAUUAAAAACUCUGGAAAAGAUGAAGGAAAUAAAGCAUCGGAAAACCAAGUAAAUACGCAGGAAAUGAACGGUAACGAAGACUCUACGAAAUCAAACAAUCCAAGGGCGGAAGAUAGCGUGAAUAAUACUUCGGAGACAGUAAUAAAAGAGUGUUCGUCGACGAUAAAAUCUUCGGUAAAGAGUGAACACUCAAGAUCUCAAACUAUUACAGUAAUAAAAGAACAACGACGUCCUCCAACUCCUCCAAAGCGGUCUUCCAGUCUCGACGGUGAUUUUCAAGAAAAAACAAGCUCUCAACUCAAAAAGGAAACGAACGACGCUCCACCUAUUCGUCCACCUUUGCCGAAAGAAAAUCUCCGUCCACCAGAAUCGGAUUUGUCGGACACAUCGUCGGAUAAGAAGAGCACUCUCGACCCUACACCUGCAACUAUUUCACGCAGUGACGCGGCUGUACAAAAUAAUUGCAACACGAAUGCGCCAGGGGAGAUUCGUGAGAUCAUCGAUGAUCUAAGGGCCUCCGACAGCAACAGCGGAUUACGAAAUUAUAUCGAGAACGGCGCCAAGCUUGGCAGUGCAACAAGUCCUGAAAUAACGCGUGACUGCGAAAAAUGUUCAGUGCCCGAGAACGCACCGCUCGUGUCUGGUAAAUCGAAAGCUUCUCACUCAAAGCUGGAACACUCCCGGCAGAAGGUUGUCAAAAACAAAACGAUCAAAAGUCAAAAGUCGUCGAGGAGCACGGAACUGAAAACUUGCGAGGAACAGUUCGAGGAGAUAUACAAUUACUCGAUGGAAAACACCGAGAGUAAGACCAUCGAACACCAGAAUGAGAACGACAAGAGCGACUCGGAGAUAUUGGAGUCUAUUCUGAAUGCCAAACGAGUCGAGACGACGAACGAUUUGCAGGGUCAAGACUCGUCUAGCAGCGCGACGACGUUGAGUACAGUAAAGUACAAUCCCAUGGAAGCAUGGCAGACUGAUAUUUGUUCCAUAAUCGCGGAGGAGACGAGGAAAAAUAACCUGAGACGCGAAGCUGAAGUCGAGUCGUGCAGCCUGAAGAGCAAACUGCCUCUGUUGAAAGGAGAGGACGUGUACGAAGUUGCGAAUGGACACGAAGGUCCAGUCACCCCGGAACCAAUACCCUAUUCUCCGGUCGAGAAUUUACCUUACAAGUUCCCAGAAAGUAGCAAUGUUCCUAGUAAAAAUCUGAACACGACAAUCGAGCCGGAGCCUCUGAAAGAUCUCUGUCUCAAGAGAAUCCUCUCAAUGCCGUACGGGCCGCAAAUAAUCAACGAGAUAAUGCUGCCCAAGUUUAACAUCUUCAAAAGUCUUCGGCCGGUUUCAAGGUUUGCUAACGACGAUGCUAGAGGUCUAUUAAACAUGCAUGGCGUGAGUGAGCAGCAGCUCGAAACAGCUAAACUAACAGCUUCGCCAGGGUCCUCUGACCUCUAUAAAACCACUGUUUCAGACCAGAAUAAGUCUCUGCAAUUAGAUCAGAAGAUGGCUGCAGACAAUUCGGAAACAUGGAUAGGUCUGUCGACUUUGAAGGAUCCCAGGCUGCUCGUGUGUCUCUCCCCGUCUCAACAGAAGACCGCGAUAAAAACGACCGCGGACAAUUUACUGGAUCUUCAUAAAAAGUUCCUUAACAGACACAGUUACUACGAAGAGGAACCACCGUCUCGUAUCCCUGUUCCGAGGUAUCGGAUCGAUGUACGUAGACCCAACACAAAUUCCUCGAAGUCCGAAGACACCGAGAGCAAGUCGGCCAACAGGCUGUUGGAGAUCAUCAAAGAGAAUUCCGACAGUCAGGUCACUUCGGGACAGUCGAAAUCUUCCGAGUGGUCAAGUCCGGACAAGGGUCACGAACGUUUUAAGGUCACUCGUCUUUGUGACUGGCUGAACUUGGCGAGACAAGAGCCUGUUGACAUCCGAACGCCAUCUUUCUCCGACGAUUUACGUGCGGAACCGUCGGGUGAGGGGAAGCGAGAUAAGAGAAGAGUCCACAUUGCCAAAGAGCCAGUUGUUGAUAACACUGGCGAGUACGUGCAUCACGUCAACGCUGCUCUGAUGGUGAAUCCGAUAGAAAGACCUGACCCUCCUGUCAGAAGUUCCACGCCUUUUAACAGAAGUCCAAUUACGCUGAACAGCGCGCUUAUCGACAAGUCGAGUACACCCGAUAUUGCCGGCAAGAGGACUCCUCCUAAAAGGACUAUUGACCCGCGCUACAACGUUAAUCCCGCGCUUAUAGACGAUCGAGUCGAGGUUCCACCGCGAGUUAAACGCGUCGUGAACGUGGACAGGUCGUGUAUCGACACGAGGAGCAUCUUCGACCAGAGUCCCGCCAGGAGCAAUCUGGAACCCCGGAAAUACGGAAAUGCCGAAGGCCUGAAGCACAUGACGGCCACGGAGAUCGUACAGAACCUGAAGAAGUUCCAGAAUGAAAGAGAUAAUCAAAUGAGAGGUCGUCCGAAGUGCUCCGUACCCGAAGAAUACCUCGAGCAGCAACUGAAGUACAUAGAAUUGUUGGAGAACCAGUUGAAAAACGUGAUACUGGCGGAGGAGGAGGAGAGGGAGGCGUACGAGAAGUUUCAAACGCAGAUGAAGCAAAAGGAUGGCAGAGAUGGGACUUAUGAGAAAAGCAGUGACUCCGAGAACGUUUCGAAAAAUCCUAAGGACGAUUCUCGAGUGGAGAGCGAAAGUUGGCAGGAGAAGUCCGAGCAGGUGGAGAAGGAUCGCUCGGAGAGGAUCGAUAAACAGGGACACAGAGACUUUGUGAAGAAGGUGCAGACUAGUAACGGUGUUCACGAAGAGGAGACGUGCGAGAAAAUCGAACGUGUGGAACAUUCUGUGGUUACCAGAAAGGAAAACAGAGACGAUCGAAAAACGAAAACGAAGGAAAUACCGAAAGCUUCUGCAGUGGUAGUUAAUGGAGAGGCGUUUCGUCGACAAAUGUACGACGAGUACGUGCACAAGGUUCUCGAACGGGAGGAGAGGAAACAGCACAAAGUGGUGAAGAUCAGUUCGCAUCAAGACAUACAGAAAUCGAAGAACAAAUUGGGAAAGAGUGACAUGAGCUCUGUUGAAAAGGAAUUUAUCGAAAAGGCGAGGAACAGGUUGAAUAAGUUCGGUAUUAAAUUGGACGAAAGUGAGACGGAGAGCGAAGGGAAGCGUGAUCAGGAAAAUAUUGUGAAGGCAAAGUGUUUGAUCGACGGGGAAGAGCUGGAAGAUGCGAGAAAAUUGCCGAAACAUUUGCAAGAAUUCCUCAAAAUGUCCGGGGAGGAUGGCGUUUGGUCACCUGGAAGCGAGCCACCUCCACCACCGAAAGAACCAAGUCCUGAUCGAAAAGAGUCCCAGAAGGAUGGUGGAAUACCUCCUGUCUGGACACCUUCCAGCGCCGGAGCCAGUCCUGUUCCAGAGAAAAAGGAAUUUCGGCCGGUGCAAUUUGAAAGCCCCAUUCUAAGCCGGAAAAAGCCAACACAACAAGAAACAACACAGGAGGCUCCACCACCUUGGGAAGCGGAAGAAGAGAAGAAGGAAACGUUGCGAACAACAAUUUACGAGAGUUCUCGAAUUGUUAAUUCUCACUCUGCACCGUCGCAAGGACUAAAUUCAUUAGCUUCGACUCCUCGUCUGCCACGUGCUCAGAAUCCAACCAUAACGUUGCUACAAAAAGCAAGAGAGGGUCAGAUACCAAAAGGAGCCGCUUAUCUAGAGGAAAAUGAAACAGUGAAACGUCCAACGAACGAAGAAAAGCCACUCAUUAGUCCAGGGGAAAUAAUCUACACGGUGAAGAAAGAAUACGAGAGCGAGCCGGAAACGGAAAAUGAACCGCCGAAGAAGAUGGCCGAUUUAGGUCCUCGGAAAUUCGAGGGUAUUGGCCCAACAACUAAGGAGGGUAUUCCUCUUGUUUUGAGAUCGGAAGUCAAGGAGAAUAAUCAAACGAAAUGGUAUAAGAGAAUGUACGACUCGUUGCAUCGUGCAGAUAGACCCGAUGACUACGUAACCAUACGUUACAAACAAAGAAGAGGAACGAGAUAUGGUUACGGAAGUGGCAGUGGAUAUUUGAGUGAACCGGAACAUCGUUUGUACACAGAACGUUCUGCCACGUUUGACAAUCGUCGACGUCUACGAAACAAAGAAAAUGAUUUUUCCACUUCUACUAUGCCCAGGAAAAAUGGACCAUUGAAGUACACUCCAGACAUUUACAAGAAUCAACCAGGACGCAUCGAGGAUUACGAACCUGGACGAUCGUCGAUUUCUGAAAAGGAAGCUAAAGAGUGGUGGGACGAGGUCAUGGACAUAUUCGAUGGGUGGUUGAACGAGAAUGGACAUCCUCAGGGUACGCAGAUGGAAGAGCUUCUGGACGCUCGGCUGAGCCAUCGCGCUCUUAGCCUCUCGUACCGACCGGAGAGCAGUCACAACCCUUUCGAUCAACGCAGCAGUCGUCCAGCGAAACCGUAUAUGUCACAUGCUCUAAAAGAGUCCGGUUACGAAAGCGAUUCCACGCUAGUAUUUCGUCGCAAAGAAGACAUCAGUCCAUUGAGUCAAUUGGAGCAACGAUUAGCUUAUAAAACUGUUCAAAGCGGAGGUGACGUUCCUCUCCAUGGACUUCGUAAACCAGCCCCUGAGCGACCGAAGGAAUACUCGAACGCACCCCCGCCACCACCAAAAUCUCAACAUUACAGAGACGACUGUCAAGAAUCACCGAGACGUUAUGUGGAGGGUGAGGUGACGAUUCACUAUCGUUCACCAGUGCGUACAGAGGCGAAAGAACCAUUGAGCGAAGAAGAACUCGCUCGUCGAAGUGCAGAGAAUAUGCGACGCGUUUAUCAAGAAGAACGUCGUCGGAAAUAUCUUCAAGAACUGCACGACAUUGAUUCUCGAAGACAUACCGACAACUUCAUACCGUCUCAGAAAUCACCGAUUCCCCUAAAUCGAUACGACGACUUCGUCGACGACUUGAGCCACAGAAGCAGAUCCCAAGAGCAAACACCGGAACCAAGACUCGUGGCAAGAGCACUUUACAACUUUAUCGGGCAAUCUUCACGGGAAUUGAAUUUCCGUCGUGGUGACAUAAUAUUCGUGCGUCGUCAGGUAGACAAAAAUUGGUACGAGGGUGAACACAACGCAAUGAUCGGCUUAUUUCCAUCGAACUACGUCGAGAUUUUACCAUACGAUGGCAUGAGAACGACACCAAAGAAACCUUAUGAAGGUCAAGCACGAGCCAAAUUCAAUUUCGUCGCUCAAACAAAUCUUGAGUUGCCUUUGGCCAAAGGAGAACUUGUAGUUUUGACUAGAAGGGUCGAUGAAAAUUGGUACGAGGGACGCAUUGGAAACAGGAAGGGGAUAUUUCCCAUCUCUUACGUCGAAGUUAUUACAGAACCUGGGCAUAGAACAGAAACGCCAACGAAAAACAAACCAGUCGCCGCUCCAGCAGCACACAGUCUCUUAGUAAAUGGAUCAGCUGGAGGGAAAAUGAGCAUGGGACCCCAUCACUAUAUGCCGUCUAUACCGGUUAAUAUAAACACAACUCAGCCACACUAUAAUUCACUGCCACGGAUGGGAGGAAGCAAGCUACACGUAUCACAACUUAACGAGGCGUUGCACAUCGAUACACAAUCCGAACCAAUACCAUACCGGGCUCUGUACAACUACAGACCACAAAACGAGGACGAGCUCGAGCUAAAAGAAGGCGACACGGUAUACGUGAUGGAGAAAUGUGACGACGGUUGGUACGUCGGUUCCAGUCAAAGGACCGGAUACUUCGGCACCUUCCCCGGAAACUAUGUGGAAAGAGUGUGAAACACAAUAGGCAGUAACUUUGUUGCAAUGCGUAUCGAGCCACAGAUUACAUUUUACCAAAGCACUGAAUCGAAAUCUUAACAAUUUAACGGCCUCAUGUUCCGCUUUAAAUCAUGUUCAUAAAGACCAAUCUACAGUUCAAUCUUUUCUCUAUGAAAUCAAGUUGAAUCUUUUGUUUACAGUGUUACAAUGGCAUCGAGUAAGCGAAAACAGAGAAUAUUUCAUGAAAUUGAAUAGAGCUCAGAACUGGCGAAUCUACGAAAAUUACGAAAAUAUUUUAAUUUUUAAAGCAAACUUAUGUUAAAUAGGUACAAAUAUUUGUUUGAGUAAGUGAAUACUGAAUUAUAAAUUUAAAAUAGAAUUUUGUUAUCAAAUAAAUAUUUCCACAAAAAUAAAAUGCAACCAUAAAAUUGUAUUUGUUGACAUCAACGAUAUUACGUGCGCUGUAUUUUAAACCAGUCAUGAUAAAAAAUUGACUGAUUUCACAUUUAACAGUUUCAAAUAUUUAAAGGAUAUGUUUCAAACAGCUAUUUGAUAUUUUUAACUCUAAAAGUAUUACAUUUUGUUUGCGAUGCAGAAAGAUGCAAGAAAUCGGUGUUUUCUCUGCUCGAUCAUAUUGACACACUUUGUAAACACUUUGAAUAUACUCAGACCAAUCGAGUAACUGAACCGUACUGAUAAAUUGUAUAUCACAUAAGUGAUAUAGGCCGUCAAAAUGUUAAUAUAAAUGCGAUUUAACGUUUAAACGUCGACGGUAAAGGGGCGUUAAUAACAUGUGUCAUUAAAGUCUUCCUAUUCGUGAGUUUUUCACGCUGUGGUAACGCGAGACCUUGUACCGUUGAAUUCACCAAAAAGUUAAACAUGUAAGAUUAACGUGUAAGUAGUGUACGAUAACAAUUAGUAAUUUAUUGUACGUCGUUCACAGAAACGGCUGCGUCAGGCGGACGUUGCGAAAACAAAGAAACUAUGUACGUUUGACCGUGUUUCUUAUCGAGAUCCGCGUCAAAUCUCGCGUGUGACUUCUGCAGGCAGCUGUUUAAGGAUUCGCUCAUUGUAACGAGAAGAUUCCAAAAGUAUUUCACGCGUCUCGAUAAUAUUUCUGUGUAAUUUGUAAAAAGAAUAUACAUUUCGAAGGGUUUACCUGGUUUCACCAGCAACGAACGAAGCUAUUCGUUUUUUCAUUGUACUCGUCGUGUUGCAUUUAUCAAUGCACAAUUCGAACAUCUUUGUUGGUGAAAAUUUUCUGUGUAACCGUCUGAAAGUAGGUUAAAGUCUGUCGGAAAUUAGUCACCACUUUUGAGUAGUACGCCCGUGAUUAAUUCGUGUAAUUAUUUUGCAGAAUCAAUGCAAAAUUGUAGAAAGGUUGUUUUGUUUUCGAGAAAAUCAAAUUUAAAUAUGGACUACGAGAAUUAUUCAAAAGAAGGCAAUGGUAUGAAAUACCCGUUUUAUUUAUUGAUGUAUAAGGUCUCAAUGUUUUAAAAAAGUGGAGGAACUUAUAUUAAAGCCUUUACAAUUUGUUAAUUUUCAAGAUUUAGAACAUCAGACACAUUUGAAAAUUAAUCUACUAACAAUUUGCUGUAUCAUUAUCUGUUAAGAAUAACUUUUUUAGUGCUUUCGAGAUUUUCUGUUCAAAUUUGAGAUAGAUUAUCGAUAGAAGACUUAUCGUUAUGAAGUUUGUAAAUGUUACCCCAGUGAAAUAUUUAAAAUUGAUUUUCUUGAUGAUCGCACUAACAGUCACAGUGAUCGAAAUGUAAAAAGGUGCAGAAGAUUGGAUUGUUGAACAAACAACCGAAUAUCCAAUGAAUUUAUAGUAUUUGAGAAGAUUCCUUUGAACCUCGAUUCUUUCACGAAAUGUGCACAAACUAAAAGCAUGGCCGAAUCGAUCGUCGGUAAAGAAGUUAGCGAAAUAAAAGUCUGUAAACGAGCCAAAGAUAGAAAAGUCUCGAGAGCUUUUUCUUGAUUCAAUUCUCGGUGAAAAGGAGCGUCAAGAACGUUGGAGAUUUUUCCAUAAAAAGUGCUUCGAAUCGUAAAUUGUUUUAAAUUUGAGGAAGACGAAUUUCCUUCUGCGUUUGGUAUUGUAGAUAAAUCAGUCAUGUUAUUGUUGCAUUCGUGAGUAUCCAAGAGUAAGUGAUUUAUAAUUGAACGUUUGCCUUCCCAAAUUAAUAUUUUUGUAAACAUUAUUUGUACCCAGAGUUAUAUAUAUAUACAUAUAUUAUACAUAUAAAAAUGAAAAUGAAUUAUAUGAUGUAUAGAAGAUAUAUCUAUAUACAUGUACACACAUAGUUACGAUAUUAUACGAAGCUGUAAUUCUAUGAGUAUAGAUAUACUUAACGGCAUAAUUAAUGCACGUGUUAAGAUGCACACCAAAGGCUCGACAUCGAGCCUUAAUCCGUAUUUAAUGAUGACUAAUAAAUGAAGUCUGCUCGAUGUCAAGAGGCCAUGAUUUUCGAAAACGUUUCGCCAUGACGUUACACGACAGCCUAUCGUUUAGUCCUAGGAAAUAAAAGAUUAAUUCGGAUCCACUUGAAAAAACAGACAAUACGUAUCGCUAUUGUUACUUGUAAUAGUUCAGCAGCGAAAGAUAAUCCUGUAUGUAGAAAAGGGCAUUAAAGGGCGAACAAAUA